AAUCACAAAAUGGACUUCUGGAAUCUGACCAUCAAAAUCAUUUUAUUGUCACAAACUACAGCUGGAAUUCUGGGAAAUUUCUCUCAUCUUUACUACUAUUUAGUUCACUAUGCAGAAAGCAAAUUAAAGCCCACAUAUUUGAUUCACAUGCACCUCAUGGCAGCCAAUACCUUAAUCAUUCUCUCUAGAGGAGUGCCACACACAAUGGCAGCUUUUGGAUUGAAGCAGUUUGUAAAUUAUUUUGGAUGCAGACUGAUUUUAUAUAUUCAAAGGGUUGGCCGGAGUGUGUCCAUUGGCACCACCUGCCUCUUGAGUAUCUUCCAGGCCAUUACCAUCAGUCAGAAGGAAUUCUGCUGUAAGGAUCAAAAAGUUAAAUCUGCAAAAUACAUUGAAUGCUGCAUUGCCCUCCUCUGGGUCUUGUACAUGUUGAUAAAUGCCAUUUUCCCUGUGUAUCAAUUUAUCAAAAGGAAUAGUAAAAAUGUGACAAGAAAACGGGACUUUGGAUACUGCUCAACUGAUGGGCGAGAUGAAAUCAGUGACUCCCUCUAUUCAGCACUGGUAGUAUGCCCUGAAAUCUUCUUUUCUUUUCUCAUGGCCUGGUCUAGUUGCUACAUGAUUGUGAUUCUGUACAGACACAAACUGAGUGUUCAACACAUCCAUAGCACUUGUAGUUCCAGGAGAAUCAGUUUUGAGUCCAGAGCCACCCAGAGCAUCCUGGUUCUGGUGUCUACAUUUCUGAGUUUUUAUACUCUCUCCUCCAUCUUACAAGGCUGCAUUGCUCUUUUGAAUAAUUACAAUUGGUGGCUGGUGAACAUCAGUUUCCUAACAUCUCUAUGUUUUCCCUGUUUUGGACCCUUUGUUUUUAUGAGUCAUUACUCCAUGGUGCCUAGAAUCACUUGUUCCGGAUCAUGA